UGGGGUCAGGGGAGCAAAUAAGAUAAGACGCAUCUCGUUAACACCAGCUGACUUGCGGGAGUCAGUUUUACGUUGACUACAGUCAUGGCAGUCACGCUGACGAUUUUAUCGAGAUGCGGUCGACAGACUUGCAGAAUAUUAUCGAGACAAAUUUCGGUCUCGUCUUCGCUCAGAGGGAAAUCGACGUUCAACUGGGAGGAUCCAUUCGAUUUGGAGUCGCAGUUGACGAAAGAUGAGAUUCUGAUGAGAGAUCAGUUCCGAACGUACUGUCGCGAGAAACUGCAGCCUCGAAUACUCCAUGCGAACCGUAAUGAGGUCUUUCAUAGAGAGAUCAUGAGGGAAUUAGGGGAGUUAGGUGUUCUGGGGUGUACCAUGAAGGGCUACGGUGCCGCUGGCGUUUCCUCCGUGGCAUAUGGACUCUUGGCUAAGGAAAUCGAGUCCGUGGACAGUGCAUACCGAUCCGCUCUAUCCGUACAAUCAUCCUUGGCCGCUGGGGCGAUCUACAAGCAUGGCAGCGAGGCACAAAAGCAACAAUAUUUGCCGAAACUGAUAUCCGGUGAAAUGAUCGGUUGCUUCGGACUAACUGAACCCGAUCAUGGGAGCGAUCCGGGCUCGAUGGCAACGAAGGCGACUUACGAUUCAAAGAGGAAGAUCUACAGAUUGAAUGGAUGCAAAACAUGGAUCACGAAUUCACCGAUCGCCGAUCUAUUGAUCGUGUGGGCAAAGAACGAGGAGGGCAAAGUCUGUGGGUUUAUAAUCGAAAGGAAGGGUAGCGAAAAUCGAUUAUCCACACCGACGAUCGAAGGGAAAUUUUCUUUGAGAGCUUCUACCACAGGAAUGAUCAUUAUGGAUAACGUAGAAGUGCCUGCGGAGAAUUUGUUACCCAAAGCCCAAGGUCUUAAAGGUCCUUUCGCUUGUCUGAACAACGCCCGAUACGGAAUAGCGUGGGGUGCUUUAGGUGCCGCCGAAACCUGUCUAAAUGUGGCUAGAUCGUACACCAUGGAAAGGAAGCAAUUUAAUAGACCGCUGGCAGCCAACCAAUUAAUACAGAAGAAACUGACCGACAUGAUGUGCGACAUCGCUAUUGGUUUGCAAGCCUGUCUUAGGGUUGGCAGGCUCAAGGACGAGAACAAAGUUUCUCCAGAGAUGAUCUCCAUCAUCAAAAGGAAUUCCACCACAAAGGCUCUAGAAAUUGCAAGGACGGCCAGGGAGAUGUUGGGUGGUAAUGGAAUAUCGGAUGAAUAUCAUAUUAUCAGACACAUGAUGAAUUUAGAGAGCGUUGUUACUUACGAAGGUACGAGCGAUAUUCACGCUCUGAUACUCGGUAGAGCGAUUACCGGCAUACAGGCGUUCAGUGUGUGAGCGAAUAAAACCGUGUACCCUACUUUUGUACAUUUGUAUGCUUUCUAUAAUAAAACAAAGAUAAGGAUAACGAAACGAACUCGUGAAACUGAAGUUAAGAAACGAAACAGAAUCAACCGAA